GAGCUUGGACGCAGUCGAUACGGCGAACUCUACAGUUCUUGAGCAGCAUUAGCCCACCAGUGUCUGCAUAACUGUCAUCAGCUGCGACGACGAGCGUGAUCAAAAGGGACGGUGUGGAAGGACAAGGUGUCGCGCGCCCCUAAACCUCAAAAUCCCAGAUCCACACGGACCCAGACACCAUUGGUUCUCUUCCCCCGCACUAGCCUGAGCUAGUACAGCGUGCAUCUGGACCCUGGGACCCCAUCCCAACUUCCUCAAAACUCCCCUUCCACCUCGCCUCACCCUUGCUAUCGCCCUUCCACAGCUCGCGAUAGUAAAAGCUGCUUCUCAAUAUGCCCGCUCCAUCCGAUAUUCUCAACGACCCUGAGAUUGCGCAGGCAUACGAAGACGUGCGUUCAGACAAAUCCGAGACCACGUGGCUUAUCUUGAAGUAUGCAUCCGCAACUUCAGAUAACCUCAAACUCGCCGGCACAGGAAGCGGCGACAUCGCCGAGAUGACGGAGAGCCUCGGUGACGACGAAGCUGCUUAUGCCUAUGUACGCAUGAAGCUAGGGAAUGACGAGUACAGUGAACGCGUCAAAUUUGCUUUUGUUGUUUGGCAAGGACCUCAAACGAAGGUGAUGCGCAAGGCCAAGAUGAGUUUCCAGAGUGGACAGGUCAAGCAGGUCAUCCGCACUUAUGCUGUAGAGAUCCAGACAGGCGACAAGAAGGAUUUGGAUGAAGAGGCAGUAACGCUGAAGCUUAGAAAAGCCAUGGGCGCGAAUUAUGAUCGCCAGAAAACGAACUACUAGCACGUCUCGUACUGUAUGAUAAUUGGU